GCCCGCGGCCAUGGGAAAUGCCGUUGUCAGAAUUGACUUCAGAAGGGAGGAGGCUGAUGAUGGAAACCAUUUGGAAAGUUAGCAGCAAGCUGUCAUCCUCCGCGCCAGGCUCAGCUAAUGUCAUAGGUUAAGAAAAGUCUUUCCCAAAGAAGACAGACCACAGGCACCAUGAUGGACUCAGAAGCACAUGAGAAAAGGCCCCCAAUGUUGACCUCUUCAAACCAGGAUUUGUCAACUCACAUUGCGGACAUGGGUGAAAUAAAGCAUUACUUUUGCGGCUGCUGCGCAGCUUUCAACAACGUGGCCAUCACAUACCCUCUUCAGAAGAUCCUCUUUCAGCAGCAGCUGUAUGGCAUCAAAACCCGGGAUGCCAUACUCCAGUUGAAGAGGGAUGGGUUUCGAAACUUGUACCGCGGAAUCCUCCCCCCGAUGAUGCAGAAGACAACCACGCUGGCGCUUAUGUUCGGCCUAUACGAGGACCUGUCGCGCCUGCUCCGCAAGCACGUGAGCAGUGCUCCGGAGUUCGCCACCAGAAGUGCGGCGGCGCUGCUCGCGGGCACAACAGAAGCCAUCCUCACUCCGUUGGAAAGGGUUCAGACUUUGCUGCAGGACCACAAGCAUCACGACAAGUUCACAAACACUUACCAGGCCUUCCAGGCCCUCAGAAGCCAUGGGAUUGCAGAGUACUACCGAGGCUUGGUGCCCAUCCUUCUCCGCAAUGGCUUCGGCAACGUCCUCUUUUUUGGCCUCCGAGGGCCCAUUAAGGAGCACCUGCCUACUGCCACUUCUCACAGUGCGCAUCUGGUCAAUGACUUCAUCUGCGGAGGUGUGCUUGGGGCCAUGCUGGGCUUCCUAAGCUUCCCCAUCAACGUCGUGAAAGCUCGCAUCCAGUCUCAGAUCGGCGGGCCAUUCCAGUCUCUCCCCAUGGUUUUCAAGACAAUCUGGCUAGAGCGGGACAGGAAGCUGGUCAAUCUUUUCAGAGGCGCCCAUCUGAAUUACCAUCGCUCUCUUAUCUCCUGGGGAAUAAUCAAUGCAACUUACGAGUUCUUGCUAAAGAUUGUGUGA